AAAAUGGCACCCGGGACCAAAAAAAAGUCGGAUAUGGCAAAAUUCACAUUCUACAAAGAUCGCUUGAUGACAUUCAAAAAUUUCGAAUAUGAUAGAGACCCGGAUGCAAAAUGCACGUCUCAAGCGGUUGCUCAAGCCGGAUUUUACUGCACCGGUCCUCAGUCUGGCAAAUGUGCAUUUUGCAACAAGGAACUUGAUUUUGACCCAGAAGACGAUCCGUGGUACGAGCACACGAAACGUGAUGAACCGUGCGAGUUUGUACGGAUUGGAAAGCUCGAUGACUCGGAAUUAACUAUUAACGAUACCGUUCGUCUCUCACAAACCGCCAUGAUUAUGACUAAACUCUUUGAGCAUGAGAUGAUGAUAAAUAAUUUGUCUAAUCAUUCUUCUUCUGAUGCUCUCUUCGAUCAGCUGAAAAAAGUACCGAACACAGCAUCGACAACAAAAUCUAACAGCCGCCGCGGCAAAUAAUUUUUCUACAUCACUUACUGCAACUUAUCCAAUUAUUGAUUUGAUCUCAUAUACUCGAUUUAAUCACUGUUCAAUAAACACUUAAUUCAUUAUUUU